GAAUGAAGUCUGUGUGCGCGAGGGUGUGUGUGAUUAUGUGUUCCUGAGAAAAUUGUGAGAGAGGUCAAACUUCACACUGCGUCUUCAAUUGUCUUACGCUCGAGUAGCCAGACGUCGCAUUCCUGAUUACUCAAAUUGGUUGUUUCAGCUGGACUGAGGACAUUUGGCGAAAACCGAGGAGGACGUUUUAAGGAUUAACAGAAAUAUCAAAAGGAAUAGUGGUCAAGAUGUUGAUCACCAUGCUAACAGCCAUGUACAUGGUGGUCAGGGUCGUAGAAUCGAUAGGGGUCCGGUUUGCACGUCAACAGGACCCGUUGCCCUACAGGGUGUCGCAGCCUUUGCCGUGGCAGAUUCACUCAGUAUCACACAGUCGGAGGAGCAGCAAAGCAGAUGAGUUUGAUGGCUUCAGGAGGAACAGCAUAGGCGUGUACAGAAAGAACUAUGUCUCCAUGGCUAUUGCCUCAGCCUCUCUGGCUAUCCCCUGUGUCCUAUCGUGCUCAGACUCCAAUGCCAGCAAUGGGACAUGCACCACACCGGCCGUCCCGCCGACGGGCCCCGUCGAAGUGGAGAAGGCCGCUGCCACCAUUCAGACCCAUUUCAGGAAGUUCCAACAGAAGAAACAUAAGAACGGCAAGUAGAUGGACAAAGAGGGACGGUCAUAGCGGGACUGCUGCAGACAGCAGGAAGAAGGUGUGGCGCGUCUGGAUUCAUCAAACCAUGGAUGAACUCUGUGAUAACAUCGGUGUGCGAUCACUCAUUGUCAAACGUACAUUCUGCGAAACCUGAACAGCACAAACAUAACAUCAAUAACUUUAACAGCUCAUUGUCAAAAUAUAUGUAAUCCUACGUGAAAAAUAUUGUAUUGUAAUAUGGUGUAAAUCUGUUGAGUAUACUGUAAAUAUAAAAUGAGAAAGAAACCAGUGUUUGAGCGGAAAAAACAAAACAUUUGUCAA